AGUUAGUGUCAAGUGGGAAUAGUGGUGCGGCGUGUUGUUUGAUGAAUAAAAAUUCCCCAAAAGGGGUGCCUUUUGCAGUGAUUAAAGCGUCACUUUACUCUCUGGAAUGAUCAUCAGCCUUUGCCUUGCCUCCAGAGACAUUGGAGACUCAUUCUACUUUUAACCCUUUUCUCCAUCAUCGCCUCCUAUAUCUUCUUCGCCCCACUAUUCUUCUCUCUGCUUUAACCAUUUUCUUCUACUACACAAAAGACAUGGAUGACGAGUAUGCUAAACUUAUCAGGAGGAUGAAUCCUCCCAGAGUGGUAAUUGACAAUGACUCUUCUGAGGAUGCAACCAUUAUCCAGGUUGACAGUGUCAACAAGCAUGGAAUUCUUCUUCAAGUUGUACAGGUUCUGACGGAUUUAAACCUUGUUAUCACUAAAGCAUACAUUUCCUCUGAUGGCGGAUGGUUUAUGGACGUGUUUAAUGUGACUGAUCAAGCUGGAAAUAAAGUCAGAGAUGGAGAAAUCAUCAACUAUAUUCAAAAGACUCUUGAAAAUGAUGAAGUUCUCUUACCCUCUUUAAGGGGAACUGUCGGCUUGAUGCCUUCUGAAGAGCACACGUCCAUUGAACUAAGUGGGACCGACAGACCUGGUUUAUUGUCUGAAGUGUGUGCUGUUCUUGCCGACCUUCACUGCAAUGUGGUGAAUGCUGCAAUCUGGACACAUAAUGCUAGGGCUGCCGCUGUGGUUCAUGUUGUGGACGACGUUACAGAUUGUGCAAUUGAAGACCCAAAGCGUCUUGCUACAAUCAAGAAACUUCUUCAUAACGUUCUCAAGGGAAACAAUGAUUUGAAGACUGCACAGAUGACACUUUCACCUCCAGGGUUCACACAUAGGGAGAGAAGAUUACACCAGAUAAUGUUUGCUGAUAGGGACUAUAUAAAAGUUAGAAGGGCAGAACAGGGCAAAGUUGAGGAUUUGAAGUCUAGGCCUUGUAUAACUGUUUAUGAUUGUAGCGAAAAGGAUUAUACUGUGAUCACUAUGAGGUCAAGGGAUCGACCUAAGCUGUUGUUUGAUAUUGUCUGCACUCUGACUGACAUGCAGUAUGUGGUCUUUCACGGAGUUGUCCACACAGGGAAGAUGGAAGCUUAUCAGGAAUUCUACAUUCGACAUGUUGACGGGCUUCCAAUAAGCUCAGAGGCUGAGCGAGAACGUGUUAUUCUGUGCCUUGAAGCCGCUAUUGAGAGAAGAACCUCUGAGGGUCUGGAGCUAGAAUUGUGCACAGAAGAUCGGCUAGGACUACUAUCAGAUAUCACUAGGAUAUUCAGGGAAAAUAGUUUGUGUGUUAAAAGAGCAGAAAUCUCAACAGAAGGGGGCAAGGCGAAGGAUAUCUUUUAUGUCACAGAUGUGACGGGGAAUCCAGUGGACCAAAAGACAGUUGACUCAAUUCGUGAGCAAGUUGGCCCAAAUAUGCUGCAUGUUAAGUGGGAUCCUUUUCAUUCAGCAAAGCUACCUGAAGAAGGAACAAUAAGCUACCUCUUUGGGAAUCUUUUCAAAGUUCGAACCCUCCAAAAUCUGAAGCUGAUAGGAUCCUACACUUGAGUGGUUGCAUGUUAGACUGGAAAACAUUGUAGAUAUGUCCAGUACCACUCACUAUGCAGAUUCCAAACAACAAGAGGUGUAGAUAGAUAGAUAUCCUACCCAUUGGUGAAGAACUCUUAGUAAACUAUGUAAAUAGUAACUAUUAGAUGGUUGGGCCAUGUAGUAUCAAGAGUUAUCAACGAAAACCCUGAAACAUCAGUAGUAUCAGAUAUUGCCAAGGGUUCUUUGUAUAUACAUGGAUGUGUGAUGCAAGUGCAUGUGCAUAUAUACUCUGGACAGUGUUCUUCUAAGAAAGAAAAAGCGAACCAAACUGUAUAAUAGAAAAUGACUUGUACAGAUAUUAUUACUGUGAAGAAAACAAAUCAUAUUGAAGGUUUAGUGUGAUAUUUUGGCAA